AUGGCGUCUCGCCAGCAAAACAGGAUUCAAGCCUACCUGGAGAAGAACAAAAUCGGGCCCCUGUUCGAGGAAUUGAUGACCAAACUGAUCACAGAGACACCUGACCAUCCAAUACCAUUUCUUAUUGACCAUCUGCAAUCCAAACAUGGGAGUCGUAGCCAGCUUCAGAGAACAUUGUCUGGAUCUGCUGCUCUUUGGGCAGAAAGUGAAACUUCAGAAAGCAAAGGAACAAGAAGGGAUUUCAGAUGUUAUGAUAAACCCUGGCAGACAAAUGCAAAGAAGCCUAAAAAGUCCAAAAGUGACCUUGCUGUAUCCAACAUUUCUCCUCCUUCACCAGAGUCCAAAUCGUUGCCAAGGUCAAUAGAACACCCAAAAUGGGACUGGAGAACAAAACCAGAGAGCCAUGAUUUUGAUGAAUUAAAUCAUAUCCUUCAAGAAAGUAAAAAGCUGGGUAAAGCACUGGAGAAUCUUUCUCGAAGCAUUGCAAUUUCUGAUGAUCUAGACAAGGAUGUAGCCGCAUUUAAUGCACCACUUCUACGGCCCUGUGUUGUUGGAGAAUGGGUUGGCCGUGAAGAGAAUGACGCAGAUCCAUUGGCUGCUGAAAUGUUGCAACCUCCAAUACCAAGAAGCAAAGUUGAACAUUGGGAUAGCGAAGAUAGCAGCAGUCCUAGUGGAAGUUUAAAGAUGGAACCAAAGACCAAAGGAUUGAAGCAGCAGCAGCAGCAACAUAAGAAACUACUGGCUGCUAUGCUUUCCCAGGAUUCAUUUGAGUCGGUACAAAGCACAGCUCCAUCUGUAACAGAAGAAGAUAUUGACAAUGAAGAUGAUGCAAUGGAACUGCUGGAGGAUCUUGAUGAUUUAAGAAUGGAAGGGGUAACCGGUGUCAUUUCUUCUGGGAGCAAAUUUAACCAGACUCGAAGUAUGCAUACUGCUGAACCACAAGCCAAGGUCACGUUGAACAUCUGUGCCAGGUGUGCCAGGCUACAAGGAGAUAACUUGCCAGAAAGUACAGAGGAUAUAUCUGUUGCCUCUCAGACUUUUGAAGAAGAAGUACAAGAAUCUGUUGCAUCAGUGCCUGGGGCAGAAAUCUUGAUGGAGAGCAGUGAUGAACUAGAGAAUAUGCCUCAAGCAACAGAACAGGGUCAACCAGUUUGGGAUAUAGACAUGAGUUCCAGAAGUACAGAUACUCCAAGCCAGAAACUAUUAAAAGAUUCCUUGGCUGCAAAAGAACUGCAGACCAUGGAAAAACACCUUGCUGACAUUGCAAAGGACCUAGCACUAUGGGAAGAAGGGAGAUUAUCAAGAAGCAUCAGUAGCACUCAAACUAAUUUAGUUGCACUAGAUCAUCAAGGAAAUUUUAAAGUUACACUAGGCCAGGAUUCAGAACCGCAAGUGCCAUCUCUAACUGGGAAAGAUAUUCAGCUCCAGCUUCAAAGAAACAAAUCACCACCAUUAUCCAGCAACAAUAGACUGCAGGUCUCCAGUGUCACAAACAGUACGCUUCAAUCUCCCAGUACACAGAUGAACAGAUCUUCAGUGCUGCCAGCUCCAGUGAACAGGUCUGCAACCUCAAAUACUUUGUUACAAAGACCUCUGUCCCCUAGCAACCAAGGGAAUAAGGAAGGAAUCAUUAGUAUGCAAAGAAGUCGGUCUUUAAUAUCAAAGAACCAACUUGGGAGGACUGUCAGCACUCCCUCAGGGGUCCUGCUUGAAACAAGUGGGGACGCUCUAGGAAAUGUCACUCAAGGAAGCAGUUUAUCUGAAGAUGAAUUCUUACACCAACUUCAACUUGCUCACCAGCCAUGGAUUUUGCCAAGCGAUCCCGAAAGUGAAGGAGCAGCAACAGACCAAGAUAAAUCAGUUCCCAAUCAGCAUCAGAAAUCUUUAAUCAGAGGCACUGCAGUUGCAAGGGUUUGUGAAUGAAAUCAAUGGAAAGGAUCAAGAAUGGAUUUCUGUACAUAUGUAACCUCUGCAAGCAAAGAGUGCUUUUCACUUGUGUACAACAAAAGCUUAUUUUUAUAAAUUCAGUAAAACUAAGGUGGAAUUAUUGUGAUGUGUAGAUGCUGAACCACUAAAAUGCACUGAACCUUACAUCUUACUAUGGUACAGUGGCCUUAGGCGAAGGUAGUGUGAUCUGUCACUUUUUAAUACAUAGUCCAUACAAUAAUGUAUUUUGUUUAACUUAUACCCCUGUUGUUUUGGAUUGACAUUUGAUAUAUUAAAGUUUGCUUGGUGAAAAGUUUCCUCAAAAAUUUUAUGCAUUUUAACUGGACUAAGGUUUUUUACUGCUUAUAUUUUUAUAAACUUGCCUCAUUUUUGGAUCAACAAAUGUUAACAUGUUUAGCCAUAUCUGCUGGUAUGUAUGUAUAACAAGCAGAGAACAUGAAGCUGGCUAUUCAUUUGUAAUUGCUGUAAAAAUUGGCUGAGAUAAUAGAGAGCAAAGAGUGGUGUGUGUGUGUGUGUGUGUGGCCAUCCAAUCAUAAUUAACAGUAAUCAGCACAUUACAUUAUUAAAUCUUACAAAAUAGACUGCUAAAUGAAAUAUAAUGUAGAAUGUAGCAUGCAUAAACAAAAUGUACUAAUUUUAUACAAUAUUAUUUACCCAUAUCCUAAAUGACUUAUUAAGAAAUUGACAAUUUAUUAUAUAUGUUAACAUGUGUUUGAAACAAGUUGACUGUUCUGUGAAUGUGGAAUUUAUGCAGAGAUAUCCCAUGAAGAAGCUGCUAGAAUUGACUGCAUCUGCAGUAUUCAUUUAGCUAUUUAGUCUGUUAAGCAUGGGUUUGGUUUAGUGCCUUCUUUUCUCUUUGAUUUCCAUUUCUCAGCCAUAACUGCAUAAUAAAAUUGCCUGCUACAUUUACGAUAAAUACACAUGGACAAUUAUUGAAAAAAUAAAAAGAUUUCAAGUGUG